CAUGGUUAACACUGGGUCCAACAUGAAUGCACCUAUCAGUUAUGAGAAGAUAACCUGGUCCAUAACUCCCGUUCCACCAAAUCCAGUGAGCAUGAAACUGUUUCUUCCCCCUCCAAUCCCCUUCUCCCGCAGACUCCCUGCUCCCCCUCUUCAUCUGCUGCCUACCAACUCCAAGCACAAUUCAACACUGAGAUGUCCGUGCUCUUGUAAAGUUUGCCAUGAGCACUCACAAAAUCUAUUGAACACAGUUCAUUCUACUAGAAGCAUGUUUGACGAAGCUCUGAACUAUAUAACAUCGACUAUGGACUCCCUGUUUUCUGCUUUAGGUGUAAAAACUUUGGGUGAAAGAUUUUUCUAA